AUGGAGAUGCAACGAAUGAACCAACGUGAUGAGGUUCAGAUGCAAAAGGACGAGGUUCGUGACAAAAGCAUCCAAUCGUUGACCACUCAAAUGGGUCAACUUGCGAGUGACGUGGCGAUGUUAAAGAAAGCAAAAGGCCAGCUACCGAGUGAUACGGUGCCAAAUCCCAAGAACAUAAAAAGCAUUAACAUCAAUGUGGUAAGCACCGUUCCAAAUACUAAAUUUAACGAAACACUGCUAACUUCUUCGUGUCAAGUGAAUGCAGGUUUGGAAAAAGAUGCCGAAGUCGAGAAUGAUAAAGAGUAUGGAGUGCCAAUCGUGCCUAUCCGUGUGGGAAAAUUAAAAAUCCCUCACGCAUUGUUGGACUACGGGGCAAGCGUGAUUGUGCUACCAAGCGAUUUAUACGAUAUGUACGACUUUGGUCCACUCGAAGGUAUAGACACCAUGGUGAGCUUAGCGGAUGGAAGUUGGAGGCGUCCACGGGGAAUGGUUAGGAAUAUUAAGAUUCAGUUGGGAGAAUUUGAAUACCCGGUGGAUUUCCUAGUUUUGGACUAUGCUUCUACCAAUAUGGCAUCACAACAAAGGGUAAUUUUAGGUCGACCGUUUCUAUACGCAGCAAAUGCUCAAAUUAAUUGUAGAGACGAGAUUAUUACCAUGACCGAAAAGAACCAUAGGUUGUAUUUUGAUGUUCAAACUGGAGGGAUUAGUUAUGAGUCUAUUGAGAGGAAGGGUGGUGAGUCUAGUGAUUGUGUGAAAUAUGUGUUACAAUGA